AGGCGCGAUUUUAUUGCGUUUCAGUUUCCUGUUGGCCCUUAGCAUAGGUGUCCGGAUACCCAGUGGGUUGUUCUCAUUUUCUAUUAAGGAUGUAAUAGGGGGGCUGUAUCCUGCCAAUGCCAUAAAGUUAUAUAACAUGGCUGGAGUGGGCUUUGAGGAGUUCUCUGUACCUCCUGGGUCUGAACUUGCUUGGCCACCUCUAUUUGGGGGAAAUAUUCUGGAGAGUGAGUUAGAAACAGAGGUGGAAUUUGUGGAUGGAGGCCUUAGCGGAGAUAACCUUCAAGAUGAAGAGGAGGUAGAAGCCAAGCAGCGUGAGCUGCACAGAAGGAAGUUUAUUACAUUGAGACGGCGCUGCAAAGACAUAGAACUGGUAAAUGAGAGAAUUCUUAACAGGCUUCACCAGGUGGAAAAGAUAACCCAAAGGCUGAAACACAAAAGGAGAUGUUUGAUGAAGGUCUUGGAUGCCUACGAGGAUGAUUACAGAAAGUGCCAUCUCACGUUUUUGUUAGAGGAUGAAGGGACCCACCCACACAACUCCCCUGCCCAUGGGAACUCUGAAAAUGAACCUCCGGCGAAUGAGGAGAUGUCUGUUAUUCCUGUUUGCUCAUCUGGGCAACCCCUAGGUCUGGAAACUAAUAGCCCUCUAAGUCCAUCACAGACAGAGGGGCCACCAGCUAAAAACAGGAAAAAGCUCAAGGAAGAGAGAGACCAUAAUGGAAGAAGACUGACCCCAUCUCUUCUUCCAUCAGAACCUCUUCUGGUUCAGGUGAAGAUUGAAGAGGAUUACCUGUGUGAAGGAGAUGAGGAGCUGCCUCUGAGCUGGCGCACUCUCAGCCCACGAGACAAGAUCCUACAAUAUCCAAAGUUUUCCAGCCCAGAUUUUGAUUAAUGCUUUUCAAACCUGCUCAGGAAAUCUUGUGCAACUUUUACCAUGGGUAUCGUCAUAAGAAAUAAAGAUGCCUGAAGAGGCCACUCUAGGAAUAUAUAAUGAAUUUAAACCAUACUCUUAUGCCAGGAUCCAUGGGAUUGCCAGCCUGUUUGUUUUUUGUUUUUUUAAACAAACACAAUAGCCUCAAAAAAGGAAUGUUGUAUCCUGCUACUAUUUCGGUGUCUCUGAGCCCAUAUUCAAAGACUACAAUAUGAAUGUGACAUAACUGUUCUUUAAUUAAAUGUCCUGUUUGUAAAUAGGGUUUUUUGGUUUACAAAUGCUUCAGGAAGCAAUAAAUUAUGUGAAUAUA